AUGUAAAAAAAAAUAUUACUACUAUCUUGCUUUUGCAUCUAUUUAAGUUUAUGCCUUACUGAUAAUUGCAACUAAGAUAAAUAGUUUGUUGAUUCAAACAAUAUAUGCCAUACUUGUAGUGGAAAUACACCGUUCAUAAAUUAUGAUGAUUCUAUCAAAAAUGGAACUUGUGUUGGCAAAUGCAAUGAAGGUUUGUAUUAUAACUCCACCAGCUACUGUGUAAAAUGUCAAAAUGGUUUCCCUUCUUACAAUUAAACAUCUUGCUUAGGCACAUGCGAUUAGGGUGGUUAAAUACUUAACUUAAAUGGGACUGCUUGUAUUUAUAAAGAAAAUUGUACUUAGCUUAUUUCCUAAAAUAAUGGUACAUCACAAUGCGUUUCUAAUUGCAAUUCAAAUAGAUAAUUUGUUGAUCUAACUAAUAAGAUAUGCUAUACUUGCAGUGGGAAUACUACGUUCAUAAAUUAUGAUGAUUCUAAUAAAAAUGGAACUUGUGUUGGCAAAUGCAAUGAAGGUUUGUAUUAUAACUCCACCAGCUACUGUGUAAAAUGUCAGAAUGGUUUCCCUUCUUAUAAUUAAACAUCUUGCUUAGGCACAUGUGAUUAGGGUGGUUAAAUACUUAACUUAAGUGGAGAUGCUUGCAUUUAUAAAGAAAAUUGUACUUAGUUUAUUGCACAAACUAAUAGCACAGCACAAUGUGUUGGUAAAUGCAAUGAAGGUUUAUAUUAUAACUCCACCAGCUACUGCUUAUAAUGCCAGAAUGGUUACCCUUCUUAUAAUUAAACAUCAUGUUUAGGCACAUGUGAUUAGGGUGGUUAAAUACUUAACUUAAGUGGAAAUGCUUGCAUUUAUAAAGAAAAUUGUACUUAGCUUAUUUAAUAAAAUAAUGGUAUAACACAAUGUGUUAGCACAUGCGAUUAGGGUGGUUAAAUACUUAAUUUAAAUGGAAACGCUUGCAUUUAUAAAGAAAAUUGUACUUAGCUUAUUUCAUAAAAUAAUGGUACUACAUAGUGUGUUUCUAAUUGCAAUUCAAAUAGAUAAUUUGUUGAUCUAACUAAUAAGAUAUGCUAUACUUGUAGUGGGAAUACUACGUUCAUAAAUUAUGAUGAUACUAACAAAAAUGGAACUUGUGUUGGCAAAUGCAAUGAAGGUUUAUAUUAUAACUCCACCAGCUUCUGUGUAAAAUGUCAAAAAGGUUUUCCUUUUUACGAUUAAACAUCUUGCUUAGACACAUGUGAAUAGGGUGGUUAAAUACUUAACUUAAGUGGAAAUGCUUGCAUUUAUAAAGAAAAUUGUACUUAGCUUAUUUAAUAAAAUAAUGGUACAACACAAUGUGUUAGUAAAUGCAAUGAAGGUUUAUAUUAUAACUCCACUAACUACUGUGUAAAAUGUCAAAACGGUUUCCCUUCUUACAAUUAAACAUCUUGCUAUGGUACAUGCGAUUAGGGUUAGUAAAUACUUAACUUAAAUGGAAACGCUUGCAUUUAUAAAGAAAAUUGUACUUAGUUUAUUGCACAAACUAAUGGCACAAUACAAUGUGUUGGUAAAUGUAAUGAAGGUUUAUAUUAUAGCUCUAAUAAAUUAUGCUUAUAAUGUCAGAAUGGUUUCCCUUCUUAUAAUUAAACAUCUUGCUUAGGCACAUGUGAUUAGGGUGGUUAAAUACUUAACUUAAAUGGAAAUGCUUGCAUUUAUAAAGAAAAUUGUACUUAAUAGAUGAACAAAUUAUUUGUAAACUAAAAUAAUAUGACUCAAUGCACUGCUACUUGUUCAGGUAAUAGAUAAUAUUUGAAUUAAACUAACUUCUGCAUAACAUGUAACAACAGUUAGUACAUUAAUGUAAAAAAUAAUAUACUUCAAUGUGUUUCUAAUUGUGAUGAUAAUUAAUUUGUUAACUCAACAUCCUAUUGCAAUUAGUGCAAUCAAAAUUAAUAUGUCUCUUCUAAUGGAACAGUUUGUGUUAACAGUUGCAAUAAUUCAGAAUUUAUAAGUUUAUCUGGUAAUAGAUGCUUAUUAUCAUGUCCCCUUUAAUAAUAUUAAAAUGUAAACAAAACUGCUUGUGUUAGUAGCUGCGGUAUAGGAGAAUAUGUAGAUUAAUCUAAUGGCUAAAAAUAAUGUAAAGUUUGCUCAAACUAUUUACAAGUAGACACAUCUAAUUAGGAAGUUUAAUGUUUAAAUUAAUGCAGUCAGCAAUAAUUGAUUUAUUAUUUUACUUAUAAUUAAGUAAAAUAUAAAUAAUGUGUAAAUCCUACUUUUUGUAAAUCUAAAAAAAUAUCUGCCUCAAAUAGCAAUAUUUGCACUGAUACUUGCAUUUCACCUGAAAUAGACAAUGGUUCUAGCACAUGUUCUCUAAAUUGCUCUUAAGGUUAAUAUUAAUUCCCUAGUAAUAGCACAUGCUCAUCAACAUGUCAAAAUUAUAUUUCUUCUGAUAAUAAAUUAUGCAUAGAAUCAUGUGGAUAAGUAUUGGAAGUAGUAGGUAGUGAAAAUCGUUGCUCAAAGUGCUAACCAGAUGAAUACUUUUCACUAAAAAGUUAAUAAGGAUGUGUAAAAAUUUCUAAUACUACUGAAAGUUUAACUUAACUUAAAAAUUCUGUGAUUUAAGUUAUCAGCACUGGAAUUAAUACAGUUUAAGCACUAUAAAAAGUUUAAGAAUAAAUUAAUUAAUAUACUUCUUAAUCAUAUGAUUUAAUUUUAUCAAACAUAUAAAGUAAAUCUUAAACAACGACAGAAGAUAAAUAGUAGAUUUAGCAAGCUGUAAAUGACAUUUUUACAAUAAAUUAGUCUUUAGUGAGCAAAAUUAGUACAUCAUAGGGUAAGUAGUCCGUUGUUACUGGAUCUUCUUAACUAAAAGUUAUAGGAUAGACAAAUUAGCCUGGAUACAAAUUUAGUUAAAUAUUAAAUUCAUCAGAUAUUUAAAAUGGAAAUACUACCUCAUUACUUGAAUAAGAUACAAAUUUAACUUCAUCAUAAUAACCAUAAGUUUUAUAAAUUGCUUAUGUUAGCACGAAUAUGUAUUGCUAAUAGUAUAGUUGUGCAUAAAAGUAACCUCUGUUCUUAUUAAAUGUAAAAUCCGUUUAAUCAUAGUAAAGAAUUCUAUAGUAGUCUUAAUCAUUCUAAAUUAUGUAUGCUAUUAAGUAAGAUUAAAACCCAAAUAAACUUAUAUGCUAAAAUUAUAACGAGUAAGGGGUCUUAACUUGGAGCUAAGGUUAAGUUUAAAAUGGAUAGAUUGCAUGCCAAAUAUCGUAUAGUUCAUCAAUAUAUUAUGAUGAGUAGUGUUUACAUGUUGAUUAAAAAUAUUGUGAUUCUGAAGAUGAGAGUACUAAAGGAUUAUCAGGAGUGCAAAUAUUUGGAAUAACAUUUUCUUGUAUUGCCUUUGUAGGUAUAACAAGUGUUUGUGUUAUAAGCUAUAUAAGGCGCAAAAAAAAUUGUAAAAAAUUUAUUCAACUCAACUAACCUUAAGCUUUAUAAGCAAAUAACCUAAUUACUGAAUAAGGAGAAAAAAUAGAUACAGAAAAUCAAAAUUAAGCUAAAAAGGAUGAAGCAAUCAUUUUAGAUUAAAUUGCGCUUGAAUGA